GAAUGUAUUGUCAGCAAGUGUCAUUCGUAAGGAUUUAAGUUCAAUUAAUGUUGAGAAAGGGAGAAAUAAUGUGUCAAUUAAGAUGUUUGAUGGUGGGUCAAGAGGUUAUUGCUUGAAAUAG